GUGUUCUGUAGUGGUUCUGUGCUGCAAAUGGCCACAAAAUCGCCAUAAUAUUAUUUCAUAUUGUUUGUUCUUAAGAAUGGUGACACUGGCCUAAGCUGGCCGCCAUAUAAAUAAUAACUGGGAAGACGGAAUAUACCACGUACCAAUUGUCGUAAUUUUUGUGAAUGAAUAAUUUUACAAAACUAACGCUGGUCGAAGCCAUGAACGUCAAGGUGGAGGCAAGUGAUUUAGAAAAUAGCCCUAUGGAUUUACAUACGAAUGUCCACAUUAAACAAGAACCAGUUGGUGUUGCAGAAGAAGAAAGGGAAAAGGAGGAGGAAGUUCUAUAUGCAGAUCAUGAAGUCAAGGAAGAAAUGGUCAUAGGACCUGUGGUGUUGCAACCUACUGAUUUAGCUCAAACAAGUUACGUGCAGAACACAUCUGAUGGGUUGAAUGUUGAUACUCGAUCGUUCAAAUGUGAUACUAACACUAAAUGUUACCAUACCAUCCCAUACCAUCUUAAGUAUCAUAAAGUAACUCGUACUGGAGAGAAGCCCAACCAAAAAAGCACUCAAACAGGAAAGAAACAGCACAAAUGUGAUAUUUGUCAUAAAUGGUUUGCAUUUAAAUCUUACAUUAAGUAUCAUAAUUUAAUGGUCCACAGUGCGGAGAAACCAUACAAAUGUGACCAGUGUAACAAAGGUUUCCCUUCUAAAUACUAUUUAAAUACACAUUUACAGAUUCAUGUGAGAGAGAAACCAUACAAAUGUGACUACUGUUAUAAAAGUUAUGCUUCUAAAUACAACUUAAAUACACAUUUAAUGAUUCAUACUGGAGAGAAACCCUACGA